AAUACGGCGCGACUGCUCUGUGCGCUAAACCAAUGAUGCACAUACAAAAUCAACAGAGACGCUCAACGCUCGUGAGCGCCGUACUCCCUGCCAGCUGCCCUGUUCUGCCCUGACGACUUUUAGUUUGAAGCCGCUGUCGUGGCUGUGCCACAGCGUUGGAGCCAUGCCCCACCUCUAACUGCCGUGCCCGUGUCCACGAAUGCUGCUGCUCUCGUCAAAUGAGAACUGACGCUUAGCUGACCACGUUUUAUCCCGAUGACAGGUGUAUUGAACCCUUCCUGUGCGUCUGCCGACAAAGGAGACCGUGGGGAAGGCCAUAAACCCUGUCCACAUUCCGGUGUUGGCAUGAAGUAUAACAAAUGCACGAAGACAAUGUCUUAGUGUCAUUUCCUGAUGACGGGCAAGAAUUCCUUCUUCCCGAAGCAGAUAGUCCUCCCGUGAAAGGUGUGUGUCAGGUAGCGAAAGCGUCAUGUAUGACACGCUCGUCAAUGUCUCUGCGCUUCCUACUGGCUACCAGUGUGACUUUCAUCGUUUCGGACUUGUGCAAGGUGAUGUCCAGCUACGCUCUCCGCUACUAUAAUCAUGACCGGUACCCCGUGGACCAGACGAUCCUGGUGGCUCUUACGGAGGGUUCAAAAGGAGUAGUUUGCUUCGCAGUCCACCGCUGGCUGAGUGAGAGUUGGGACAUGCGGCUCUCCGUCAAGUUUCUCGUCCCUUCUGUCAUUUACGCGUUCACCAACAACAUAUUCUUCUACGCCUUAAACUACGUCACUCCUGCUGUUUGGAUCAUUCUGGUGCAAAGCAAGGUGCUGCUCACACUGCUGGCCUACAAAUUCUAUUUCAGAAAAGACAUUACCUGUGCCCAGUGGACAGCAGGCUUACUAAUCAUUAUAGCUGUCUCUGGAAGCCAGUUGGAUGACAUUUUGCGCGGGAACAUCAAAGGACAACUCACAGCCAUUCUUCUAGGCCUACUCAACAGUCUGCUCUCAACGAUAGCUUCGGUUUACACAGAGUUCCUAUUUAAGAAUGAUACUCGAACCAUGUGGGAACAACAAGUCCAAAUCUACUCGGGUGGCGCAGUCUUUGCGGCACUGGCGGGGGUUGCUGUUCAGAAGACAACUACUGGAUCAUCUGUAGAGACAAUGUCGUCACUAACCGCAUCGCUUCUUGCCGCAAUAAUUGUUACGGCCACCAUCCAUGGGAUAAUGACAGCUGUCGUCGUGAAGUCACUCGACAACAUUGUCAAGUACCAGCUGUCUGCAACCUGCAAUGUCCUCAAUUGCAUAAUUUGUGCAUCACUUUUUCCGGACCGUUUUCAUUUCACCUCUUUCUACGUAUUAAGUUUUCUCAUAUUACUCCUCGCUAUCUACCUCUAUGAGAGGCAAAAGUUUGAACUCCCAAAAAUGUGUCAGGGAGCAUUAUAGCACUGCAGUAAUGUCAAUAUUAGCUACUGUUAAUGACACGUAAAACCUUUCAGGGCUUUGCUUGGUUUGGCGUUGCUCUCCUACGUGUUACUACGUGUAUCAUUCUGAUCUUAGUAUGUGUAUUGCAGCUCCCAAAUAUGUAUAGAUAUGUGUGUACUCAUGCGCAUUAUUACUUGCGCUUGUGUUUUGGAACGCUGUAUUAAAGUUGUAAAAUUGCGAGUAAAAACUGUGAAGUUAUCACAUAAAUCAAU